CAAUCGCCUGCCCCGGUGCUCACAGCGGCGAAUUCAAAGCUCACUGAAGGCUGGAGGCGGAAGAGCGGGAGCUCGCCGUCGGCAGGAUGGAGGUGGCGGAAGACGGGGUGCGGGGCCCCGCGCUAGAGGCCCUGGGCAAGCUGGCACACAUCCUGGAGCCUACAGGCCUGCAAGAGGAGGCAGAGCUGCCGGCCCAGCUCCUGGCGGAGUUUGUGAUGGACUCCCGGAAGAAAGACAAGCUGCUGUGCAGCCAGCUGCAGGUGGUAGACUUCCUGCAGAACUUCCUGGCUCGGGAGGACACUGCCCAGGGACCAGAGCCCUUGGCUUCUGAAGACGCCAGCCGGCAGAAGGCAAUUGCUGCCAAGGAGCAGUGGAAAGAGCUGAAGGCCACCUACCAAGAGCAUGUGGAGGCCAUCACCAGGGCCCUGAGCCUGGCCUUGCCCAGGAUGGAGGAGGCCCAGAGGAAGCGGGCGCAGCUCCAGGAAGCCCUUGAACAGCUCCAGGCCAAGAAGCAAGCAGCCAUGGAGAAGCUGAGAACAGCCCAGGAGCAGUGGCGGCUGCACCAGGAGAAGCGUCUGCAGCAGCUGGCGGAAGCUUCUGCGGAGGUGAGGCUGCGGCAGACGGGGGCCCAGCAGGAGCUCCGGCGUCUGCAUCAGGAGCUUGGAGCCCUACGGCAGCAGGCAGGGCAGGAACGGGACAGGCUACAGAGGCACCAGACCUUCCUCCAGCUGCUGCACACCCUGCAGGGUCAGCUGCCGUUUCCCGAGGCAGAGACGGAGCCCCCACGGAAGCUGGACCCUGCUGAGGAUGAGCCCCAGCAGCGGAACACCGGGGAUGCCGUGGGGAGAGACGGGGCUGGGCCAUCCGAGGCUGACGGCCCACCACCUGCUGUGGACGCAGGCUCGCCGUGCCUCCCUGAGGGGCAGCGCCACGGGAAAGGUAGCUAGAGCUGCACGGUGUCCCUGGACUGCAGAGAGCGAGCGAACGAGAGCAGGGGAGAGGCAGAGAGAGAGAAUCCCAAGCAGUCUCCGAGCUGUGAGCACAGAGCCUGAUGUGGGCUCGAUCCCAUGAACUAGGAGAUCAUGAUCUGAGGCCGAAAUCACGAAUCAGACGCUCAAACAUCUGAGCUAUCCAGGUGCCCCCACUUUUUAUUUUUAUUGCUUUUAUACCACAUUAAAGAAUGAUUUUUUAAAAGCCAGUUUCAUAAUUUUUCUAUCUUUGGUUUUGUUUAUUUUUUUAUCAUUUUGUUUUCAUUCGUUUUAUCUUUUUUCUUCUGAAGGUUGUCACUGGUUGUUACCCCAGUUUAGCUUUUGAGUUAAUAACGUCUAAAGUUAAGUGUAAGAGUCUUCGAUCUUGAACAAGAAAGGAAGCUUGGCACCACUGAUGGGUCAGCACACUUGACUAGUAAGAUGUUUCCGUCUGGUUCAUUACUUCCAGCCUGUUCUCUCCUCACAAAGCGGACUGACUCUUCCCUACAUUUUCUGGUCAUGUUUACUCAUUCACUUUGGUUUUCUGCCUGCCUGAUUUUAUAUGUCAGAGCUUUCACAUGGGGUGAUUUCCCAUCUGAAAUACAUGUGUCGGACUUUCUUUUAGUUAUAGGGUCGGUAGGCUGUGCAACACUUCACUGUUUCUUACUGUGAAAUGCUUUUAUUCUGUUGUCAUUCUGGAAAGAGGUUUUCAUUGCGUAGAGAAUGCUUAGGGCACAAGGGCUUUCGUUUAGAACGUGACACUCUAGCUUUCACUGUUGCUGAUGGGAAGUCAGCUGGCCGCUUAAAGUUCUUCCUGUACAUCCGGUUCGUUCGUUCGUUCGUUCGUUCAUUCAUUCAUUCAUUCGUUCAUUCACAAUGCUUGUGGUUUGUUGGGCUUUCUAAAUCUGAAAUUGCCACUCUUUUCCACAGUUUAGGAGUAUUUUCAGUAUCUUCUGUAUAAGCUUCUUCCACACGAGUUAGACAUCAAUUAGAUUUUCUAACUUUGUUCUUCAUGUUAUAUAGACGUUCUUCCAUAUUUAUAGUUACUUUUUUCUCUCUAGAAUGCAUUUUCUUUGUUUAAAUCUAGUUUGUUAACUGUAUGUUACUAACCUAUUGGAUAAUCGUUAAUUUCAUUUUUUGUCAUUAAUUUUUAAGCAGCUCUGUUAGACACCAGUCUACGUUAUUUGGAGUUUUUGUGUUAUUCUGGCCUACAGUUUGAGCUGAUCCUUUCUGACCCUCAUACAACAUGUUCCAGUCUUCCCCCGGCGUUGGAAGGGUGCGUAGUUUCCAUCUUUGCGGGCCUGCCUAGGUCCUCACCUUCCUCAUGUGCUCCUUGUUUCUUUGUGUGGUUUAUGUAGUUUUACUACCAAGUGUCCAUUUUUAUUGAACUUCGCUGUUGCGAAUACUUUGUGGCUGGUCACAGGGGGAGAGGGUGGGUGUGUUUUCUUUUAGUAGCUCGUGGACGUGCUAAUGUUCCUUGUGUCUCUCCUACUUCUCAUUCUUGCUGGUUGAAGACUCUUUUUCAUUCAUAUUUCUCAAAGACUUUUUUCUAUUUUCUCUUUCAAAAGCACAAGCUUUUGGCUGUAUUUUAAUACUGCUUUAAUGUUCUUUCAUUAUCCUCCUUUCCAAGGUGCCACCCUACAAUUCUUUACUGAAUUCUAUUUUUAUGUGACUGUUUCCACCAGGAAGAUAAUUCUUGUCAACACUUGGAUGGUUUCAGCAAAGUUAAUCCCUUGCAUUCUAUCUUUACAAUUUUAAAAUUUGUAAAGCCGAGAUUUCACUUUGGAUAUUCUACCCUACUGUGAAAAGAAAGCUAUUCUAAAAUAGAAUAAUAUAAAAUAUGAUAUGUGUUAAAUAAUAACAAAUUACAUGAUAAUUAAAGAAAGCUAUUCUGGCCAUUCUGGUUAGUACACGCCAUUCCUAUCUUACAGAAUUUAUGCAACUUUUUGUAUUGUAAUUUUUAUGGGUCUUCUUUGAGGCAAUUAUGCGUAAGUUUUAAAAUACAGAGGAUGAGGGGGCACCUGGGUGGCUUAGUUAAGCAUGCGACUUCGGCCCAGGUCAUGAUCUUGUGGUCCGAGCCCCAUGCUGGGCUCUGUGCUGAUGGCUUAGAGCCUGGAGCCUGCUUUGGAUUCUGUGUCCUCCCCUGUCUGUACCCUUCCCCCACUCGUGCUCUGUCUUCCUCUGUCUCUCAAAAAAUAAAUGUUAAAAGAAAUAAAUACAGAGGGUGAGGGGCGCCUGGGUGGCUCAGUCGGUUAAGCAUCCGACUUCAGGUCAUUUUCUCGCAGUUUGUGAGAUCGAGCCCUGUGUGGGGCUUUGUGCUGACAGCUUAGAGCCUGGAGCCUACUUCAAGUUCUGUGUCUCUCCCUCUCACUCUGCCCUUCCCCUGCUCACACUCUGUCUCUGUCUCUCUCUCAAAUAAACAUUAAAAAAAAUUUUUAAUACAGAGGAUGAAAUAAAUUAAUUUCAUUAUUAUUCCUAACCCAGUCUUUAAAUGCCCCUUUUGCUACUUUGAGCAUUGGGCUCUGAGGAAUUUAGUGUUUGGGCCUUGAUAAACUUUGCUUUUGAAAUUUGGGAUAACCUAGGCAUUAGAUCUCAGUCUCAGGAAUCAAUAUCUUUUAGUUUGUUUUCAGGACUUAUUAAACAGUUUUUUGAGGGCAUGUACAUUCUUUUAUUUAUGUUGUUAAAUUGAAUUUAUAUAACUGUUGACGUAGUUAGGAAAAUCUUCACAGAGCUCUCAGUAUACCAGAUUAGGUGUUGGAUGCCUGUUCCCAUGUACGUAUAACUUCUAAACUGUCAGAUGGACUCCAGCAGACCCACCUACGUGGACAUGCGUGAUUUAGUUCAUCGUGCAUUUCUUCGUUGUCACGCCCUAGUGAGGAGUUGAUAAUUGCUUAAAUGGAUUGAUUACUAUACACCUAAAAUAGCAUUUCGAAAUAGGAAAAAGAAGGAGUAAAUCCAGAACUAUAGGAGAUUGUCGCGUAUAAACAUUAUAAAAGAACUAAACCAUAAAAAAUCUAUACGUGUAUACGUAAUCUGGUACGGAAGUGUUCUAUUUACACAUACUAUAAAAAAUCACAGGAGAAGCUAAUGUGAGUUGGAGUAAUCAAAGUGAGGUUUGUCUUAGGAAAGAAUGAGUUUAAAAUAUCCUCAUGAUUCUCAGUGUUAUGAAAUUACAUUGCAAAAACUUCAGGUCUGAUCUUACAAACCAAUCAUAAACAGUGAGCAUGUUUCAUUAAUUAAAAUACUAGCUUAAAAAGGAGGUAUAUUAAAUUCUCAAGUUUUUCAUAUAACUUAGCAGUGGACAAGAAGUCAUGUUUUGCAUGUCUUUGAGGGAAAACACUCCGGGCACAGAGGCCAGUCCACCAUCUCCGUGUUUGUAAAGUCUGGAUUACCUGGGCCAGAUGUUCUAGAGUUAAAAGAGGGAUUAAAGUAAUCCAUUUAGUGAAGUUUAACGUUAUCUCUGGUUGUUUCACUUGGUCACCAUGAAGUCAGGACUGUGUGGGAAAGACACGCAGAUUUCGUGUUUAGACUGCUCUUGAUGGUGACCCAAAUGCUGAUCCUUGUUCCGGUGUGCCUUUUUCAACACACGAAGGAGGGGUGUGUUCAGAGUACGUAAUACUUGUCACAUAAACACGUGGACACGGACACAUCCACACCUAAAACAGGUGGAGAACACGUGGAUCAGAUGGGGGAAGUGGUUUCAGGCUCCUUUUCUCGGACACAGGUCCUGUCAUUCACACUGGCUCUGAUUCCUCUGUUCAGGAAUAUGCGUAACUUUUGUCCACAAAUGAACUCACACCAGUGCCCUCGUAAUUUAAAAGGACUUAAGAAAUGCUCAUUGCAUUAUAUUCAGGGAAGAUUUCUCAAAGAGCUGCCCGUUGAACUCAAUUUCAAACAAAUGCAAUUAUCCAGAGGCAGGUUUCAUCAUUUAUUGAAUGUCAGCUGUGUGCUCAACAUAAGUUUUGAGAAUUAAAAGAAAAAAAAAAAGGAAGAUGAUAAAGACAAUCUGAGUUUACAUUCGGAGACAGGAAGGAAAAACUAACUCUAACAAGCAGUACUGACUGUUCUCAUGGAGUGAGGGCUGGCGUGUUCAGCAGCACCGGGAUGGCCACGUCCUCAGUAAAGCACAGAAAGUGACACCAGUGACCUCAGGAGCACAAGAGGCCGGGCAGAGCCUGGAUCACACUGUCAGGGAGGCCGUUACCCCGAUGGCUGGGGGGAGGCCAAGCCUUUACCCAGGAGCCAAGGAAACCUGCUGAACAAGGUGUUUUCCACCUUUGGCAAAAAAUCUCCAAGCCCCAUUUAACCCAUUGAAAUAGAAAGUCUCAGGGAAGACCCGCCCCCAGGGAGGGCUUUGUGAAUCCUGGCACAUGCCCUUGUAGCAAGCGGUACCGCUGCCUUCACUGUGCGGAGGUGAACAGUCUCCCUGAGCAUCCACUGCCUGCUCCUGCACGUGCCACAGUGGCAGCAAGCAGAGGGCUGAAAUCCAUUCAGGCGCCAGAAUGGACCUCUGUUCUAGAAUGCUGGUGCUUCACACUAAGUGCAGUAGUGAUCACGAUUACGAGCUCUCUAUGUUCUACCCAGGAAGACCGUCACUAGAGCAGCUCAAUGACGUAGUGCUCUCGGCUGGUGACAGUUACCGUCAGGACAAGUGCAGAACAACUAGACUGAUGGAUGGCCUCUCCCACAGCUCACUGUUGUUUGGCGUGUUACUGGAAGCUCAUGACUCCGUGAGAAUUUUGGAAAGUAUCACAACGCAACAUCACUCACUGUGCCUCGGGUGUAGGCUACUUAUCAAGGUUUUAGGGACUUACAGUUGAAAACGGGAAAAAUCCUCAGCCAUAAUUUAAAAUGUUUGUGAUAAAGAAUGGUGAACUAUUUCCCAUCAAUUAGCAAAAUGACUGUGGUUUUUAAACACUACCCUGUGACUACCAUAAUAACUUUGGUGUUAAUGAUUACAUUGAACAAUAUUCGGAGACUUCCGGAAUGUAAAGAUGAGAGGAGCUUUAUGUUACCAGUCUUGUCACUGCUGGUGCCGGCGACAGGCUGUUCUUACUCUUUUGAGAAAGAAAAAGACAAAUAUUGUUUGAUUAAAACAGAAGUGUGGUUGCUACCAUAAGAAGAGAUUUUCCAUUUUCCCCCUUCCAUCUAUCUCUAUCCCAUCUCAGGGAUUUUUAGUUUUCAGGAUCCAAUGAACUAAUUAACUCUGUUAGGGUGGUGGUGGCAGUGGUCUAAAGAAGUAGGCAGUGAAAAACAAUGUUACGUUUAUAACAACAGAAAGAAAGGGCUAGUAGAUAUUCAGGUAAUUCUAAUAGUCAUUAUUGCAUGUGGUGUAUCUUUUAUGUAGGCGAAACACUGAAACUAUGGAGUUCCAUGUGCCUCAAGGAAAACAAUUUGUUUUAUAGCUAAAUAAUGGAAUUGGGUUUGCUUGUUUUCGACAUCCUACAACAGUGUUACUGGUGUGAGUCACAGUGCCUGCAAUUUAGCCUUGCCAUUGUCCAGCUCGAACAGGGGAUGGUCUGGCCAGUGGUGGUGAGAUUUUCUUUACAAGGUUUACAAUUUCUGGCAAAUUUCUUGCCUUGUUUGUUCUUUUUCUGAAAUGUGUGUGUGUGUGUGUGUGUGUGUGUGUACGCACGCACACACACGCAGUCCUAUUCGUUCAUUCCUUUAUGUUUUGAGACUAAGUUGUUAAUUACAUGCAGAUUCAGAAUUGUACUAACUCCCUGGUAGUUGUGUUCUGUUAGUAUUUAUUGAUCAUGCACUUAACAAACAUUUCAGAGUACCUAUGUGUCAGUUACUCUUCCGUUUUUUAAUAAAAAUAUAUUUGACAUAACGUUGUAUACACUUAAGGUGUACAACAUGUUAAUUUGAUGUGUUUAUAUACUGUAGUAUGAUUGCCAUUGUUGUGUGAAGCUACCAUAAUUAGUACCUCUGUCACAUUAAUAACCAUUCCUUUCAGUGGUUAGAAUACUUAAGUUCUAGGCUCUUAGCAAGCUUGGUGAUUAUAUAACAGUAUUGUCUGGGUUCCUUUGUUCUGUGCAUUAGAUUUCUAGGGCUUAUUUACUACCCGUUACAAGUCUGUCCCUUCAAACAGUGUCCAUCCUGUUUUCCCUGCCCCUGUCCUUUGUAGUCAUCAUUCUGAUCUGUUUUCACGAGUUCGGCAUUUUUAGAUUCCACGUGAGUGAUCCCAUACAUUACCUGCCUUUGCCUGACAUACCUCAUUUAGCUUAACUGCUCAAGGUCCAUCCACGUCUCAGAUGGCAGAUGUUCUUUAACAUGACUGGAUAAUAGAUAAUGAUAAGUGUAGGUACCUGGAUAUGUACGAUAUAUAUGGAGACUAUUUUAUAUAACGUGUAACGUAUCUGCUUCUUUAUCCAUUCAUCCAACAAUCAACAUUUAGGUUAUGCCCACAUCUUGGCUAUUGUGAUGAAUGCUGCAGUGAACAGGGGAGUGCAGAUCUCUCUUUGACACCCCGUUUUCAUUUCCUUUGGGUGUACACGCAGAGAUGGAGCUGAACCAAUAUACAUUCCCACCAUCAGCAGAAAGGUUCCCUUUUCUCCACAUCCUCACCACACUUGUUACCUCUUCUUGUGCAAGUUUAAUUCUGAGCUCUGUAUUCUGUUCUCUAGGUCUACGUGUCUAUUUUUUAUGCCAGUGGCAUAUUGUAUUAUUACUGUGGUUUGUAGUAUAGUCAGGACGUGUGAGGUGUCUCCAGCUUUGUUCUUUCUCCAGUAUUGCUUUAGCUAUUCAGGGCCUUUUGUGGUUCCAUACGAAUUUUAGGAUUUUUUUCUUUUUUCUUUUUAGUUUACUUGAAGCCAUUGGAAUUCUGAUGGGGAUUGUGUUGAAUCUAUAGAUGGCUUUGGGUAGUAUGGGCAUUUCAACUAUUAAUUCUUUCAAUCCACGUACAAUAUGUCUUUCCAUUUGUUUGUGUAUUCUUCAACUUCUUCCAGCAAGGUCUUGUAUUUUUGAAUGUACAGAUUUUCACUUCCUUGAUCAAAUUUAUUCCUAGGUAUUUUAUUGUUUUUGAAGCUAUUGUGACUAGGAUAGUUUUCUUUAUUUCUUUUUUGGAUGUUACAUCAUUAGCAUAUAGAGUUGCAACUGAUUGUUGUAUGUUGAUUUUAUAUCCUGCAACUUUACUGAAGUUCCAACAGUUUUUUGGUAGAGUCUUUGGGAUUUUGUAUAUACAAAAUGAAAUCAUUCACAAAUAAUGACAGUUUUACUUUUUCUUUCCCAAUUUGGAUGCCUUUUAUUUGUCUUGACUAAAUGCUCUAGCUAGGACUUCAUUACUGUAUUGAUUGAGUAACAGGGGUGAGAGUGGGCAUCCUUGUCUUUUUCUUGAUCUCAGAGGAAAAACUUUCGAUUUUUCUCUAUUGAGUGUAAUGUUAGCUAUGGGUUUGUUAUACAUGGCCUUUUAUAUGUCAUGUUUCUUUGGUACCCAAUCUGUUAAGAGUUUUAUCAUGAACGGAUGGUGCAUUUUGUCAAAUGCCCUUUCAUCAUCUAUUGUGGUUAUUAUGUGAUUAUUUAAAUCUUUCAUUCUGUUAAUGUGCUGUAUUACAUUUAUUGAUUUGUAUGUGUUUGAACCAUCCUUGCAUCCAGAGAUAAAUCCCACUUGGUCAUGGUAUAUAAUCAUUUUUAUGUUAUUUAAUGUGUUCUUGAAUUUAGUUUGUCAAUAUUUUGUUGACAAUGUUUGCAUCUAUAUUCAUCAUGGAUGUUAGUCUUUAAUUUUCCUUUCUUGUAGUGUUCUCUUCUGACUUUGGUUACAUGGUAAUUUUGGCUUCGUAGAAUCAAUUUGGAGGUGUUCCCUGCUGUUUAGUUUUUUUGGAACAGUGUGAGAAGACUUGGUGUUAAUUCUUCUUUAAUUGUUUGGUAGGAUUCACCAGUGAAAUCACCUGGUUCUGGAGUUUUCUGUGUUAGGUUUUUGAUUACUGAUUCAAUUACUUUACUACUAGUUAUUGGUCUGUUCAGAUUUUCUGUUUCUUCCUUAUUCAGUCUUUGCAUUCGCUGUGUUACUAGAAAUUCAUCCAUUUCCUGUAGGUUAUAUUUGUUGGCAUAUAAUUGUUUAUAGUAGUCUCUUAAGAUCCUGUGUAUUUCUGUAGUGUCAGUUGAUUUCUAAUUUUAUUGGAGUCUUCUCCCUUUUUUAGUUAGUCUAGCAAAAGGUUUGUCAAUUUUAUUUACCUUUUUGAAAAACCAGCUUUUAAUUUCAUUGAUCCUUUCCGUUGUUUUUCUGGUCUCUAUUUCACUGAUUUCUACCGUGAUCAUUAUUAUCUCCUUUCUGCUAACUUUGGACGUAAUUUGUUCUUUUUCUAGCUCCUUGAGGUGUAAAAUUAGGUUUUUAUUUGAGAUCUAGUUCAUAGAUGCACAUAACACUAAGCUUUCCUCUCAGAGCUGCUUUUGUAGCAUCCCGUAAGAUCUGAUAUAUUUCCGUUUUCCUUGGUUUCAAGAUAAUUUUUUAUUUCCCUUUUGAGGUUUCCUUUGACCCACUGGUUGUUCAGAAGUGUGUCGUUCAGUUUCCACUUAUUUGUAGAGUUUCUGCCUUUUCUCUUGUUCAUUCCUACUUCAUACCAUUGUGGUGAGAAAAAAAAAAAAACAACCUUGGUAUGGUUUCAGUCUCCUUAAAUUUGCUAAGAUUUGUUUUGUGUCCUGUCACAAUCUGUGGUCCACGUGCAUUUGAGAAGAAUGUGUAUUCUGAUGCUAUUGGAUGGAAUGUUGUAUCUGUGUCGGUUAAGUCAUUUGCUAUAAAGUGUGGUUCAUUUCCAGUGUUUAUUUUGUUGAUUUUCUGUCUGGAUCAUCUAUCCAUAACUGACAGCAGAGUAUUGACAUUCACUACUAUUUUUGUAUUAUUGUCUGUUUCUCCCUUCAUAUCUGUUAGCAUUUGCUUACCGUACUUAGGUGUCCCAAUGGUGGGUACCUAUAUGUUUAUGAUCAUUUUAUCUUCUUGAUGUAUUGACCCUCUUAUCAUCAUAUAGCAGCCUUCUCUGUCUCUUGUCACUGUUUUUGGCUUGAAGUCUGUCUUGGCUGAUGUAAGUAUGGCUGCCCUCGCCAUAGUUUUGAUUUCCACUUGCACAGAGUAUCGUCUUCCAUCUCUUCACUUUGAGCCUAUUUGUGUGGAGAGCUGAAACGAGUCUCUUUUGGCGGCUUAGAGUUGGGUCUUACUAUUUUUAUCCGUUGAGUCACUCUGUGUCUUUUGACUGGAUCAUUCGGUCUCCUUACAUUGGAGCGAUUAUUGAUGUGUAAGGACUUGGAAAUGCCAUCUUACUGUUUUCCUUCUGGUUGUUUUCCAUGGUAAUGUGUUCAGUGCCCUCUUUUUCUAAUGGUUUGUGAAUCUAGAUUGUUGCUUUGUGGUUACCUUGAGGUUUAUGUAAAACAUCUCAGAUAAAAGUUCUUUGAUGCUGAAAGCACCUUAUCAUCAUUCCCCUGGAAAGGCUCCACCCUAUUACUCCUCCUCUUUUAUGUUUUUAAUGUCACAGUUUACCUAUUUUAUGCUGUGAAUUUAUUGUACAUUAUUGAGUGUUUUUACUGUAGUUAAGUGGCCACGGUGCUUUUCCAAUACAGAGUUAGUUUUCUAAUUCUGGCUGUUUACUUCUCACCUACCCAACUGCAGUGCACUGUCCUGCUUUCUUGUCACCAAUUAGCACCUUUGCAUUUCAGCUUGAAGAACUCCUGUUAGCAUUUCUUGCCAGUCAACUCUUGUGGUUGGCAACCUUCCUCAGCUUUUAUUUAUCUGGGGAUGCCUUUAUUUCUCCUUCGUAUCUGAAGGGUGGUUUUGCCACGUAAAGUAUAUUUGGCUGGCCAGUUUUCUCUGUCAGCACUUUGAAUGUGCCAUUCCACUCUCUUCUGGCCCGCAGGGCUUCUGCUGAGAGCCUAACAGGGUUCUUUUUAAGGGUUACGUUCCCUGGCUGCCUUUAAGGUCCUUUAUCAUUGAGGGGUGCCUGGAUAGCUCAAUUUGUUAAGCAUCUAACUUCGGCUCAGGUCGUGAUCACAGGGUUUGUGGGUUUGAGCCCCUGCGUCAGGCUCUGUGCUGACAGUUCGGAGCCUGGAGCCUGUUUUGGAUUCUGUGUCUCCCUCUUUCUCUGUCCCUCCCUGCCUUGUGCUCGCUCUCUCUCUCUCUCUCGCUCUCAAAUA